AUGACAAACUUACAUCCAAGAUUCUUGGCGUCGCACGUGGUGAAAUACUCGCCAAGGGCCAACACGGUGGAGCUGUUUCUGGAUUACAACUGCAAGUUUUCGGCAAAGAUGUUCAAGAAGGUGCAGGACGAGUUGGUGCCAUUGUUGCAGGAGCGCCAGCUUGACGAGAAGUACAACCUUGUGUUUGUGAACGUGAUCCAACCGUGGCACGGGUUGCAGUCGAGCGUGCUACACGAGGUGUCGUUAGCGGUGGCCCGUGUGCACCCGGAGGCGUUCUGGACGGUGAGCCGGGUGCUAUUUGACCACGGGACCGAGUUCUUCGACACGGAGGUGUACCGCAAGAGCCGGGCGGAUUUGACGACUGAGGUGUUGGCGUUGCUCCGGAGCGAGGCUGGGGCUGCUAUCGGUGCCAGCGGCGCCGAGCAGGAGGACCGAUGGCAGGCAGUAGAGCAACUGCUCCAGGUUGUCGGUGUCGACGAGCAGGGCCCGCCACGGAACGACGGCACCGGCGUCAUCAAGGACAGCAAGUACUUCACACGGUACCAGCGGACAAUCGGGGUGCACGUUACGCCGAGCGUGGUGGUGAACGGGGUGCUUGUGCCUCAGAUCGAGAGCAGCACCGAGGCUACGGCGAUUGUGGAUAUCCUCGAAAAAGUGUGCAACUGGUGA